AUGGCCACCAUGCCGAUUGAGAAAGCGCCGCACCAUGCACUCACAACUGGCGAAUCGGAGAAAACAGCAGCUCAUACCGCUGCGCAGCCUAAGUGGUACCAAUGGUUUGCCCCAAGCGACACUCCUGAGGAGCGGCGACUGAUCAUGAAACUCGAUGGCCUCAUCAUGGUAUUCGUUUUUCUUGCGUAUUGGGCCAAGGUUCUUGAUUCCUCUGCGACGAGUGCGGCAUAUGUGAGUGGGAUGAAGGAGGAUCUGAAGCUUUAUGGCAACGAGUUGAACUACUUGAACACCACCUACAUGGUUGGCUUUAUCACGCUUCAAAUUCCCCUCACAGUUUUGAUGACGCGCUUUUCAGCUACCUACUUUAUCCCUGGCGCAGAUCUCAUCUGGGGUGUUCUCACACUCGUGCAAUACAAAGUCACCAACGUGCAACAACUCUACGUGAUCAGAUUCUUUGUGGGCGCUGCUGGCAGUCUCUUUUUCCCUGCCGUUCAGUGGUACCUAGGAUGCUGGUACAAGAGAUCAGAGCUGAGCCGUCGAGGUGCUCUAUUCUUUAUUGCUAGCCAAGUGGGAAGCAUGAGCUCGGGGUACAUUCAGAGCGGCGCUUAUUCAAGCUUGAAUGGACGGCACGGCAUCGAAGGCUGGCGAUGGCUCUACAUCAUCUGUUUCGCGUGCACAGUCCCUGUCGCCGUCCUUGGCUUUGUCGCACUUCCCAGCCAUCCGAACAAGUGUAAGCCAGGACUCUUGACAGAACGUGAAAUUCAGUUGGCUCGUGAGCGCAUGGCCUCGGAGCACAGAGAACCCCCGAAACCUCUCACUAUCCCUGUUAUCCGUAAUGUCUUGUCUGGGUGGCACUUUUGGGUGCUUGUGUCCUUUGCAUUCUUCUUCUCCCAAGCUGACGGCGUCUCAAGCCAGAGUGGACUGGCACUAUGGCUCAAAGCCGAAGGCUACGGCGUCGAGUCAAUCAACACUAUCACGACGGUUUCGCCGGCCGUUACCAUCAUCUCAUCCAUUAUCUGUGGCAUUCUUUCUGAUGCCUAUGAUGCAAAAGUUUCACUUAUUGCUGGUACUGCGUUUCUCAAUAUCUUUGCGAGCAUCGUCCUUGCGAUUUGGCAUGUGCCCACAGGGCUGAAGUUCUUUGCCUUCUUCCUUGCAGGGUCCGCAGACGGCAUUGCUGCUGUGAUAUAUGCAUGGGCGAAUGAAAUUUGCGCUGGAAAUGCCGAGGAACGUGCCAUCGUCAUUAGCAGCAUGAAUACUAUUGGAAACACGUUUGGAGCCUGGCUGCCACUAUUUGUUUGGAAGACAGUCGAUGCACCGCGAUAUCUCAUCGGAUAUAAUUGGACUAUUGCCCUCGACGUGUGUAUGGUGGCCAUGUUGUUUGUUUUGAGGUCCUUCUGGAACCGCGAGCGCAAGGCUCUGCCCACAGCCUAA